GUUUUACAGUGUACAGUUUUGAAUAAUAUGCUGAUUUAUGGACAAAUUCUGCAUUAUUUUUUAUGAUCAGGAACAAGGAAGAACAUAUCAACAAACCUUUUAUCUCCCCUCCCACUCUGACUCUGUGAAAAUGGGUGGUGAUAUGUAAAUCACACAUUUCUAGUAUUUCUCCUCUCCUCGUUCAGAGCAGUAGGCAGUUUCUCUUCAGACUUGAUUCAGUCUCUCCUCGUCAGAGUCUCCGUCUUGUUCUUGCGAAACAUCUGCAACAAUGGCACAAUUUGGCCAUGUGGUGGCAGUGUUGAGCUUGUGCCUGCUGGCUGCUGUGGUGAACGCUCAACAGAACACCCCCCCACCUCCUCGUCUAGGACAUGAGAUCUGCACAUACUACACUCAGGGUGGGACCCUCCUCCUGGACGGGCCAAAGGUCUUUGAAAUGAUGCUGAUUGAGUUUGGACGGGCAAUCCAGACCCUGAACCCUAUGGUGACUCAACAGUGGAUGGACGAAGUCGAUGACGAUCACGACAAACGCCUCAACAUGGCAGAGUGUGCCAAACUCGUCCAGAGAGUCUCUGAUUCUGUUCAGAGGCCUCCGCAAUAAAGUCAUUUCGACUGAUUUAAGUAACUUGUACUUGCGUAUGGAAAUAUAUGAAGAAAAAAUAAGAUCUCACAAACACAAACACUAUGUAGGUCAGUAGCUUAAUCUCAUAUAAUAAAUACUAUAAUGUAUCACUCAAAAUCUAAAUAAAGCUAUGUAUUGUUUUAGAAAUUACUAAACAUCAGUCAAAAAUGAAGAAAUAAAAUUGUCAAAAACACA